AAUUUUACUUUAAAAAAAAAAAAAAAAAAACUAUAAGCAUAAAAGGGUAAACACAGUCUGUGUUUCAGUUCCACUACUUCAGGAAACCAACAAUCUUCCAAAUUCAAAAAAGAUUCCAAAAAUGGCGGAAGAAUCUUUAUUACUAUCUCAUACAGAAGAUUUAUCAGCUUCUCCUAAUAAAUCUUCUUCACUUGUGUCUGAAAUAUCAAAUGCCUCCACGAGACCUUUUGUUCUUGCUUUCACUGUCGGUUCUUGUGGUGCCUUGAGCUUUGGAUGCAUUGUUGGAUAUACGGCUCCUACACAGACCAGUAUCAUGAAAGACUUGAAUCUAUCCAUAGCUGAUUUUUCAUUUUUUGGAUCGAUAUUGACGGUGGGGCUAAUCGUUGGAGCAUUAAUUUGUGGGAAAUUGGCAGAUUUGGUUGGUCGUGUCUACACGAUAUGGAUUACAAACAUUCUCGUUUUUAUCAGCUGGUUAGCUAUUGCAUUUGCCAAGGAUGUUUGGCUGCUCGAUCUUGGAAGGUUAUUGCAAGGGAUCUCGGUCGGAAUUAGCUCAUAUUUGGGACCUAUUUACAUUAGCGAGUUAGCACCAAGAAACUUGCGAGGAGCUGCUUCUUCCUUGAUGCAGUUAUUCGUCGGUGUUGGUAUAUCGGUCUUUUAUGCACUUGGAACAGUCCUUGCUUGGCGCAAUUUAGCCAUUUUAGGAUCUAUACCUUCUCUAGUGGUUCUGCCUCUUCUUUUCUUCGUCCCCGAAUCUCCUAGAUGGCUAGCUAAAGUUGGGAGGGAAAAGGAGGUUGAGGGGGUUUUAUUAAGCUUGCGAGGAGCAAAAUCUGAUGUAUCGGAUGAAGCAGCAGCGAUAUUAGAAUACACAAAACAUGUUGAACAACAAGACGUCGAUAGCCGUGGUUUCUUCAAGUUGUUCCAGCGAAAAUACGCGUUACCACUUACUAUUGGAGUUGUUCUUAUAUCUGUGCCUCAGCUUGGAGGUCUUAAUGGUUAUACUUUUUACACUGAUACCAUUUUCACCUCUACCGGUGUAUCAAGUGACGUUGGAUUCAUAUUGACAUCUAUUGUUCAGAUGUUUGGAGGCAUUUUAGGUGUUUUGCUUAUAGAUAUAUCCGGAAGACGUUCUCUUCUACUGGUUUCUCAAGCUGGAAUGUUCUUGGGUUGUCUUGCAACAGCCAUUUCAUUCUUCUUGCAGAAGAACAAUUGCUGGGAAAAAGGAACACCAAUAUUGGCUCUCAUUAGUGUUAUGGUGUAUUUUGGAUCAUACGGAUUAGGCAUGGGACCGAUACCAUGGAUCAUAGCAUCAGAGAUUUACCCAGUAGACGUGAAAGGAGCAGCAGGAACAGUGUGUAACUUGACCACGUCUAUAAGCUCAUGGCUCGUUACUUACUCUUUCAAUUUCUUGCUUCAAUGGAGUUCCACAGGAACAUUUAUGAUGUUUGCCACUGUGAUGGGCCUUGGAUUUGUGUUCACAGCCAAGCUUGUUCCAGAGACCAAAGGCAAAUCUUUAGAGGAAAUUCAGUCUGUGUUUACUGAUUCUCCUCCUGAAGAUUCUACAGUUUUCUAAGAGAGAAAAUAAAAUUACCUUCAAACUUUAACCUUAGAUCUCUUUAUAUUUCAUGUUUUUGUCCUUUUUUGCAUUGUUUUUUUUUACGAUUGGGCAUUGGCCCAUAUAUAAUUAUUAAAUAGGACCCAUGAAAGGGAUCUCCGGUUCAACCGUAGUUUGGUUCAUUAAGGCAUAUAUUAUCCAUAUUUAUAUG